AUGAAAUUGACGGCAACUUUUCUUCUGUUGUUCGAUAUAUUUACAGAUGUGGUCAAAUGUUCUGCGACUGAAUAUGUUAUCAACGAAAAAAACUCGUCUGUAUCUACUAUACACAAAAAACCGACAUCUUACACUGACUUAUUGAUAGAUAAUCUACUGGAUCAAGAAUGGGAUGAAAGCGAAAAACCGUGCUACGAUCAAACUCUAACAAUUCUGAUAAAUGUUAGGAACUCUACGCUAUGGGCCACGUGGAUUUGGGAUAGUAUUCAGUUUCCCACUGGUCAAUUCUAUGGAGCUAAGAAUCAUUUGGGCAACUUCGAUCAAUGCCUGCGUAGAGAGUGGUCAAAUUAUAAUCCGAUUGUCACACAGUACUGUCUCGUUGACAUUAAAUUGGCAGACACCGAAGUUAACAAAAAAAUUACUGACCUUAAUCCAUAUGAUAGAGCUGAAAGAUAUUUCCACAUCAAAACUGAUUAUAAUUUAAGAUUUAAUAUUCUGUCCUGGGGGGUGUGCAUGCCAAAAGUCUGUCAAGCACAGUCAGUUGACAGAUUCGUCCGCACGUUACUAAGGGUCAGUCACUUGGGAACAAUCAACCCUAACCCUAAAGUUAUGGUUGAAAAUUGCCAAGUAACUCAAACUCUUCCAACAAAUAGUACAGGAUUGUAUCUACUCAUGCUGGGUACAGUUGUACUGACGCUUAUCGCGUGUGCAUUUACGUAUUUUACAACGAAGAAUCGAGAAUCGAACCGUAUGGUAAUGAAGGUAGUUAGCGCAUUCGAUCUCAAUGGCAAUGCAGCAGAACUUCUUUCUACGAGUAAAGAUGAAAUUAAGGUGAUGCACGGUAUCCGAUUUUUUACGGCUUGCAUCGUGGUGUUUCUUCACGUGAUGUUUAUUAAUAUCAUGGUCAGAGCUGGAAAUAGCUUAGACAUGAAUGACGAUUUAAAACUGUAUACAGGCUUCCUAUUGCACGCAAAUGUGGUUGUAGAUACAUAUUUCAUGAUGUCUGGACUACUUUUGAUGAGGAGCUUUAAGCCAGAGGCUGAGAGAUCGAUAAGUUUAUUUAAAGUGAUGUUAAAACGAUAUUUCAGGCUGAUAUGGUUAUAUAUUGUCACCAUCUUAAUGGUAAUUACCGUCUCACCUCACCUUUACGGCGGUCCAUUAUGGCUUAAAUACACAAAAGUGGAGCAGGAUGUGUGCAAGAAAAAUUGGUGGAUAGGACUGCUAAUGUUGGGUAACUAUAUCGACUCUUCAAAUAUUUGUAAUAUAGUAACGUGGUACGUACCUGCUGAUUAUCACUUGGCUGUGGUUAGUACAAUUAUAUAUUGGCUGUACCAGAAAAACCGUCGCAGUGGCCAGUACUGCUUUGUACUUGUUACAAUUGUUUCAUUUAUACUGCCUGGGCUCAACACGUACUUAAAUCAUCUGAGUGCUAUUACCAUCUUUGAUUUAGAGACAAUUGAAGAUAUUCGUAAAUACAUAUUGGGCGCACCGAUGUACGUACAGAGUCACUUGCGAGCAGCUCCUUACUUUAUAGGUGUAAUAGCAGGUUACAUUCUUUCCGUGUAUAAGCCAACCAACUACAGAAAUGCACUAUCAUUGAAAUAUUCAAUCCUUAGUUUCAUUACGAUUAUGGCGCUAUCUGCAGCAAUACUGGUCAUGGGACCAGCGUAUCAGUUUCGCGAAUACAAUGUCAUAGAAUCGUCAUUCUUUGCCGCAUUGAAUAGACCCGCUUGGGCUGGUCUUAUAGCAGCGUUUAUAUUACUGUGCGAAUACGGAACUUUACCAUAUAUCGCUGAUUUCUUAAGCUGGGCGGCAUUCGUCCCCUUAAGUAAGCUCUCCUACGGGAUCUACAUGUGCCAUUUAUUCUUCGUUAUGAGGUUAACGAAUUUGCGUAGUCCGGCGUGGUAUGACUUGUUCAAAAUUCUGCAAGAUUCGAUGGGCAUUGUUGUGAUUACUGGAUUGCUGAGUUUGUAUAUAGCGUUGUUCAUCGAGUACCCAUUAAACAAUUUAGUGGCACUUCUACUAAAAGCUAAGUCACCAAAAUGGAAACAUAUUAAUACUGACGAAAGCGACACGGUGACUCGUAAAAGUGAUUAA